UGUAGCAAACGAUUUGGGGAACUGUUCUUGAUCCCUACGCGAUCUUAGAUCUUCGAUUAGAUUUUGAGCCUCGAAAGCAGAAGCUGCGAUUUGGCGCUGGUGAUUCUGAUGCAGAAAGAAGCCCUAGUCCUCAAAAGUUGAGAUCUUGUUUUUUCUUGGGUGCUGUAGAUUCAAAAGUCGAACAUUGAUUUGAACUGGUAGUAUUAUCAGCUUCGAGGAUUUGUGGAAGAAUUGGGAGAGCAAUUUGGCAUCUUCUGUUGCACAAUUUAGGCCCUGUUUGGAUGCACGACCAUCUUAUUUGGACCAUAUAGGUGAAGUAGCCAGGUCUGUUUUUAUAAGCUCGAUACAGUUGGCUGCACGAUGUCCUACGAGAUUAGUGAAAUCAAAAAAAUUGGCAUAGGAUUAAUAGGAUUUGGAAUCCUAUUCUCGUUCCUAGCUGUUAUUCUCUUCUUUGACAGGGGAUUGCUGGCUCUUGGUAAUAUAUUUUUCUUGUCAGGAGUAGGCCUUUUGCUUGGGUGGCGAUCUAUGUUACAGCUUUUCACAAAGAAAGCAAAUCUUAAGGGCUCUCUUCCUUUCCUUGCUGGACUCUUUCUCAUAUUCGUGCGUUGGCCUAUACUCGGCAUCAUAAUCGAAAUCUAUGGUUCGAUAGUUCUCUUCAGCGGCUUCGGGCCUUCGAUCACGGCUUUUCUCUAUCACAUUCCAGUAGUUGGGUGGCUUUUUGGGUACCCUUUUAACUUGUUCGAUCAAUUGAGGCGUCUACUUGGCUGAAGACUCUUGUCGGGUUAACAUUUUGGGCUUUGUCUUCGCGAAAUGAAGAUUGCUAUGCAGUCUUUAAUGUUGGUUUCAGUCAUCUUUGUAUAUAGUGGAAUACCGGCGCAGCGAAUAUAAGCUUUCUGUAGUAUACUCAGCAUCAUGAAUUUCUUAGAUUCUUUUGAAUGGGUAGCAAAAAAAAUGUGAUCGACCAACGCUUACUAUCAAGGAUUUGAGUGCCGUGACAGAAGACAUUGUCAAACACUUCCUAGUUUAGUACGACAUCGUGUGCGUUGCUCGAUGCUGAUGUAAACUAUUGACAAAAUAUAUUUUUACAAAAUAUUUAUUUACUUUUUUAAUACCAAAA